AUAUGCCAAGCAAUCGCACGGCCCUACCCCGAACCCCUGCAGGGCAGCCGCGCAGGGCCGAGGUAGCCAAGGCAAGAUCGGAACGCGAACGCUCUCAAGAGCAUGCAGCCGGGCCUGCCGAACCGAGGAGGCACAAUAGCAGCAUCCGCCGAGCCCGACCAGGCGACCCCAGCAGUGGGCGCGGCCGCUGCCCCAGCAGACAACACGGCUGCCGCCGCCGCCGCCGUCGCCGUCGCCGCCGCACCAGCAGCAGCAGCACCACCACCACCACCACCUCCCGGCGGUGUGCGGCUGCUACGCAUUAUCGUGGGGCUGUCCGACCCGCACCUGAAGAGGGCGGUGCUGUCCUGGCUUCGGCUGCAGGGGCUGCAACACGAUGCGUCGGAGGCGGCAGCAGGGCACCGGCGCGCACCAGCCCCCCAGCAGCAGCAGCAGCAGGCUGCAGGCGGCGCGGGGUCAGGCGGUAGCGGGGCCCAGCCGCCAGCUGGGCCUUUGACGGCGGGGGCGACGAACGAGGGCCGUGUCGUGGCCUACAUACCGUGGGGUGUGGGUGCUGCUGGUGCGGGUGCUGGUGCUGGUGGCGGUGGCGGUGACCGUGAUGGUGCCGCUAGCAACUCCGAGGCCUCCAGCGCCGCCGCGGCACGGCACAGCGCCAGCACCAGCGUUGCAAUUCUGCCACCCGUACGGCCGCUUGGCGUGGCGUCCUCGGCCGGUCAUGGCGGUGCAGGCCCGCAGCCGCCGCCGCAACGCGCAGCCACUGCGCGCGAUGGCCGGCGGCGCCGCGGCUACAGCAACCCUACCGCCAUGUCGGGACUGGAGCAGCACGAGCGCUCCCUGCAAGCGGCCUACAGCACCUUCAGGGAGCGCAACAUCCAGACCCGGACGCCGUGCGUACUGGACGUGUGCGGCCUGGACCCAAUGACGGCGCAGCAAGUGCUGGAGGACCGGGUGCACCGCCUGCGGCGGACGAUGAUGCUGAGGAUGGCGCCGGCCGCUACUGUGGCUGGGAGCGAAAGUGGGAGUGGAAAUGGCAGUGGGAGGUCGGGCAUGGAAGGAGCCGCCGGUGCUGCGGACAGCGGGCAGGCCGCUGGCGCCGCUGCCACACCCUGCAUGAGGCUGAGCAUUAGCAUGGGGACGUCGCGCUCGGAGCUGUUGAGCGCGGUCACUUCGUGGCUGGCGCGGCGGGGGCUGGAGUAUGAGGUGUGCGGAGAGUGUGUGGUGGCCGACGUGUGUCUCGAGGAGCCGCGGGCGGCCGUGGACAGCGCUGGCAGCUUUGGUGACGCCGGCACCGCCGCCUGGCAGCGCGCGUCCAGCACUAGCACCAGCACCGGCAACACGGGGGCACCGGGGCGGGUCGGGCGCGAGGACGGAUCUGCCUCUCGCACGCACGCGCCGCCUCAGCCGCCGGGAGCACCAGCAGCGGCACGGGUGACGAUGGGUUGCUGCUGCUCCUGAGGAUCUGCGUUGGGGCUCCCGACUAUGAUUUUCAAGCGGUAGUUCAGGUUCCGUAGCAAACCCCUGGUUUGCGGAGUCCUUUCCUUUUGGUUGUUGCCGCAACGCGUGAGAUAAGGGCGACGACCGUUGCAGAAUUACGGUGUGACCACAGGGUGACUGUGCGGAUUGAAUGUGGGCAGUGUCACGCCUGCCCUCGGCUUACAGCGGUUUAUUUCAUACGAGCUGGUGCAAACUCAUACUUUGUGUACGAUUUGUCGCGGCAAGGCACGACGCCCAUUUGAAUAGGCGAACGGCUCGGGCGCGAAGUUGAUUGUGCGUGUGGCAGUUGGCCAGCGCAUUGUCAUUGGAUGGACUGCAGGGAAGCGAGGUGACGCGGAGAGCUCUCUGGCUUGACCCCCCUGCUGAUUGAUGAUCUGGUAUUCUGGUUA